AUGCGCCGCCGUAGUCUUCCCCAAGAGCUGGUCGACAACAUCAUAGACUUCGUGACAGAGCUCGAGGCGGACCACGGCAAUAACACAGAUCCUACGCUUUUACGAAGAAGUGCUGAAGACCUACGUGCCUUGAGUUGCGUCUGCAGAGCAAUGCGCAAGCGCAGCCAGAAGCAUCUCUUCCAGAAACUCAUCGUCAAUAGCUCAAGCGACUGCGAGCGCCUUCGAACUGUUCUCAAUAACGACCCAUUGCUCAGUGGGCACGUAAAGAGCCUUUAUGUGCGCAGCUACGAUCAGCAUCGCUUCAAGGCCCUCCCCGACGAUGCACUGCGAGCCGUUAUCGACGCGUGCCGAAGGGUCGAGUCACUCUCGCUCCAAGACUUCGACGAGUUCACAAGAUGGCCUGGCGCAUAUCUGAUGACGCUCACGUUCCCAGUGCUACUGCGUUUGAAGCUCAACCGGUGCACCGUCAGCAAUUACGACGAUCUGGCAAUAGUACUCGUUAAGAUGCCGGAGCUGCGCGAGCUUCGAUUGAACGCGACGUGCAUCGAAUGCAUUUUCCCAAGUGAUAUGUGGACAAAACGAGCUCGAUGCCUUCGUGCUCUGGAGCUCAGGCAGCUGCAACACUUUGUUACAGGUCCCACCACGGCCGGUGCCUUUGCCCGCGGUUUCGAACAGGUCGAGAAUCUUGAUAUUGUCUUACACUCUUUAUCAGACUAUAUGGUGCUAUGCAACCUAUCCAUUCCUGGGACGGGCGUCGAGAAUCUGACGCUCGCGGUCAACUGGAACUCCGAAAAACCUCCACAAGAUCUUUGCACCGAUUUCGGGGACGAUCCCACUCGAGGAGAAGUCCUGCGUUCGCUGACGUUGCAAGAAAGUGCUACCGAAACAGGACUUCGGAUGAUUUCCGACGGAAGGUGGGCAAGCAAUCUCCUUCUCGCGCUCCCCGGCACGCACCUUGAACGCGUCUGUGUGCGCCUCGAGUACCACCAGAGCGGGGAACCGUGGUACGACUUCGACUGGGCGGCCGUGGACGGUGCACUGGGGUGCGCUACCCGUUUUUCUGCGUUGCGGGAGGUGACGAUGGAGAUUCGGGAGCGCUGCGCGCAAGGGUGCAAGGAAGAGGACGGUCACAGUGUGGAUGAUCCAUUUAUCUUGGCUGUGAAGGAGAGGUUGCCAAAGGUCACGGGUAGAGACAAACUCACUGUCAAACUAUUGAGCAGCUAG